UGACUGUUCAGUCAUCCUCAUCCCUGCCUCUUACGAUCCCUCAAUCUGCUCUCCAUCCUCCCAUGGAAACGUUCCUUUCUCCAUGACAUUCCACGUGUUUCUCAUCUGUACGCUGCUGAUCGCCAGGUCUCUCGCCUUUGAUUCGCCAGGAUUCAAAGAGAGACAACACCAUCAACAAGUGCCCUACUUCGCAGAAAAGGCUACUAAUCUGACCGUGGCAGAAGGCAGAACAGCUACUCUACCAUGCGUCGUAGAAAAUCUGGGAAACUACAGGCUGGCUUGGAUCCACAAAGAUCGCCACAUCCUCCUGACUCUCCACGACCAACUGAUCACACGGAAUCCACGAAUAUCCAUUCAUCACAAUAACUACAGGUCCUGGUGGCUGGAGAUUAGAGAGGUCAAACUGGAGGACAGUGGUCACUAUAUGUGCCAGAUCAACACCGCACCCAUGAUUAGCCAGACGAGGCAUCUGGAGGUUGUUGUUCCACCCUCCAUCGACGAGGAAUACACGAGUUCUGACAUGGACGUCCGAGAGGGGGCUGACGUCACCCUUCGAUGCCGAGCAGACGGCUCCCCCAAACCGACCAUCAAGUGGAGGAGGGAGGAGGACAAGGACAUCAUCCUCGGCUCCAAAAGAGUGCCCAGCGUGGAAGGAGAAUUUCUGAAACUGACCAGAACAAGCCGACUCAGCAUGGGAGCCUACUUGUGCAUCGCUUCAAAUGGCGUACUACCAUCGGUCAGCAAGAGGAUCAUGCUAAACGUCCUUUUCGCCCCUAUGAUUCUGAUCCCCAGUCAACUCAUCGGAGCCAGCUUGGGAGAAGACGUGACUCUGAUCUGCAACCUGGAAUCAUACCCGAGAUCUGUCACCUAUUGGGUGAUCGCAGGAGGCAUCGUCAUCAUCACCAACAACAAGUACAAGGUCUACACGGAGCCUUCCGAUUCUCCUUCAUCGUAUAAAGUGAAACUGAAAUUGCUCAUCAGAGAUCUGAGACCUCAGGAUUUUGGAUCUUACACUUGCGUGGCGAAAAACUCACUUGGUGAAACAGAAGGCACGAUUUCAUUGUACGAAAAACCAAGAGCGAGCACUGCGGAAACCGAGGAAAAUUAUUACUUUGGCACGAAAAGUAUCAGCAACGAGAUCGUGAAGGAUGAAACGCCCCCAAUUGCAGAUAACAUCAAGCUGGGGAUGCCGAAUAUUCCCUACAAGCCUCCUCCGGCAGAACGGAAUGAAAGAAGAGAAGAAGUAGAGAGACCGCUCAUUACUUCGAAUACUCAUCAAACUGAUAUACUGAGCAAAGCUGAAGUCUCUGGAUCCGUUUCUAUCAACGUAGGACAGUUUUCUAUCAUCAUUUUCUCCGCAUAUCUCUACUACUAUCAGCUGUUGAUGAAUGAGUAGCGUAAAAGAAGAACAACUCAUUACCUGCUGCACAGCGGUUUGCUGCUCUCAUGUUGUACAUGCCUUUUCAACUGUAUAUUUAUGAAUUUGCUUUUCAUCUCAAUUCGAUGCUUUGUAAAUCAAAAUCGCUUUUGUUGUUAUGUAUAUUUGUGUGUGUAAAUAUGAUCUUGUUGUUCUGUGGGCGUGCACAACAUUCCAAAAUAAAUUAUUAUCACU